AGAGGGGAUUCUCAAUGGCUCCACUCGAAACUUCCCAUGGCUUCCCUGCUACUCAGGGGCAUCCCGCUUCUGCGCCUUCGGCUGGGCACCAGGCUACUCGCCCCGCAGCGACAAUCUAUAUGCUCGACCACAACUUACGAGCCGACUCAACCAGACGAGAAUGUAAUUUCUGAGGACAAAACCGGCUCAACGGUCUCGAGCAUGAAGGACCCUCCCGUGUACAACAGGUGGAACGAUCCUGAUUACAGGAAAUGGAAAGACAAAGAGAAGGAGAUUCUUAGAGAUAUUCAGCCUAUAAUGUUUCUCACCAAAGAGAUUAUUCACUCCGACAGGUAUAUGGAUGGAGAACGUCUAACAGCAGAAGAUGAGGGAUUUGUGGUAGAAAAGCUUCUUGCUUAUCAUCCACAUUCUGAAGAUAAAAUUGGAUGUGGUCUUGAUUCCAUAAUGGUUGAUCGACAUCCUCAAUACAGGAAUACAAGGUGCCUGUUUGUUGUUAGAACCGAUGGUGGAUGGACAGAUUUCUCCUACCGGAAGUGUCUUCGAGCAUACAUUCAAGAUAAGUAUCCAUCCUAUGCAGAAGGAUUUAUACAAGAACAUCUUAAGCGUGGUAGUGGUUGAUGUUUGUUAAUCUUGUUUUACUGAUAUUGGUCUUAAACACUGAUUUUGGUGCCAGAGUAAAUUGUCGUGUACCAAAAGAUUUGAAAUUUUCUGGCGAUUAGGGAUGGGUCCAUAGAAUGGGUGACCUACAGAUAAUAACUAUAGCCUAGAUCCACAGAUUGUCAAUGCAGCAGAUAAUUGUUGACUGGCACUUGAAGCUCUGGACAAAGAAAGUCACUUUUGUUGACUUGGAGCUUCGUUGUUUUUGGGUUCGCAUCAUCGCAUGUAUGUUACUCAUUUGGUCCUUAGAGUCCAGUAUUUAUAGUCUUGUCGGGAUUUUCAGAUUACUUAAUUUAUUUGUCAAACCUUUUUAGCCCGCAUUACCAUUCAAUCUCAGUUCUGGAUUAGAAUUUGAUGGUA